UCCUCGACCAUUUUCUUUCUCCAUCACCGUCUAAUGGCGCAACUCAGAUCUUUUACUUAUUCCCUCAACUUUCUCCUUUCUGUUUCUUUCUUAUUUUUCCACAGCUUAUGUUUUCGUUUUUCAUUUGUUGCAGCUUGUUCAAACUCCACCGAAGAAAUUCAACACCAUCACCACCACCGGAAAUGGGUGGGUCCCAAAGGUCACAAAGUCAUCACCGUCUCACUCACCGGGCACUCUCAGUUUCGCUCCGUCCAAGACGCCGUCGAUUCCAUACCAAAGAACAACAACAUGAGUAUUGUUAUCAAGAUUGGUCCUGGAUUCUACCGAGAGAAAGUGGUGGUUCCAGCGACAAAACCGUACAUAACUUUUAAGGGAGCUGGUCGGGACUUGACGGUCAUAGAGUGGCACGACCGUGCAUCAGACCGUGGUCCUGACGGUCAGCAGUUACGGACUUAUCAAACUGCUUCUGUCACAGUCUUCGCUAAUCAUUUCUCCGCAAGAAACAUUAGCUUCACGAAUACUGCGCCGGCGCCGAUGCCUGGAAUGCAAGGGUGGCAGGCGGUGGCGUUUAGGAUCUCCGGCGACAAAGCUUACUUUUCCGGCUGUGGAUUCUACGGUGCACAGGACACUUUAUGCGACGAUGCUGGCCGUCAUUACUUCAAGGAGUGUUACAUCGAAGGCUCUAUCGACUUUAUUUUCGGUAACGGCCGCUCCAUGUAUAAAGACUGUGAGUUGCAUUCGAUAGCGUCGAGAUUCGGGUCGAUAGCGGCGCACGGGAGGACAUGCCCGGAGGAGAAAACGGGUUUCACAUUCGUGGGUUGUCGGGUCACGGGUACUGGUCCAUUGUACGUGGGCCGGGCAAUGGGCCAAUACUCACGCAUCGUCUACGCUUACACCUACUUUGAUGCUCUUGUUGCUCAUGGUGGCUGGGACGAUUGGGACCAUAAAUCCAAUAAAAGCAAGACGGCGUUUUUUGGAGUGUACAAUUGCUAUGGGCCAGGAGCAGCAGCGACGAGAGGCGUAUCAUGGGCUAGAGCUUUGGACUAUGAGUCGGCCCAUCCUUUUAUGGCUAAGAGCUUCGUCAAUGGGAGACAUUGGAUCGCUCCUAGAGAUGCUUAACCAAUUUCAAACAUUAUUUCAGCUGCACGUCGUUCCCUUCAUUCGUUGAUUUAUUUGUUGUGAUUUAUUUAUUUAUAUACAUUUGAACAUGAGAAGAUUUAUACAUGUCCGAGAUUCUUGUCAUAAUGUGUAACCUUAUAUUUUGUAAUGGAAUCAUGU